GCAUCAAGCUAGCCAGCCAGCGACCUCUACCACCACCUUCGAGCUAAGCUACCUCAUCGAGCACCGCCCGUACGUGCUGUUUGUCGCUCCGGCACCAUGAGCUCCUCCGGCUCGCGCGGCGUGAGGCGGGAGUAUGGCAGGACGUACGUGGUGAGGCCCAGGGGCAGGCACCUGGCCACCAUUGUGUGGCUCCAUGGCCUCGGCGACAAUGGCGCCAGCUGGUCCCAGCUCCUGGAUAAUCUCCCACUGCCGAAUAUCAAAUGGAUUUGCCCUACUGCGCCAACACGGCCUGUCGCAGCUUUCGGUGGAUUCCCCUGCACCGCAUGGUUCGAUGUGGAGGACACUUCAGUGGAUGGCCGUGAUGACAUCGAAGGGCUGGAUGCUUCAGCUGCGCACGUAGCAAACCUGCUGUCCUCCGAGCCAUCUGAUGUGAGGCUUGGGAUAGGCGGUUUCAGCAUGGGUGCGGCCACUGCCCUCCACUCUGCCGCAUGCUAUGCUCAUGGAAGGUUCACGAAUGGCGCCGCAUACCCGAUUACCCUUAGCGCCGUCAUUGGGUUGAGCGGCUGGCUUCCCUGCUCAAGGACCCUGAGGACCAGAAUGGAGAGCUCACAAACUGCUCUCAGGAGAGCUGCUGCCUUGCCAAUCCUGCUAACCCAUGGACUAGCGGAUGAGGUUGUCACAUAUAAGAAUGGUGAGAGGUCGGCUGAGUUUCUGCAAACCUCAGGAUUCUUAUAUCUGAAUCUCAAAACCUACAACGGACUGGGACAUUAUACUAUCCCUGAAGAAAUGGACGAUGUGGCCACGUGGCUCAGCGCAAGGCUUGGACUCGAUCGAUCUCGUGGCUAAGUUCCAAGAUACACACAUGGUUCCAUGGCGUUGGUGGUGACAUAUGAGACACAAGUAUUGACAAUAUAGAGAAGGUUGAUGAUAGGUUAACUAGAGAAAAUCGUUUUGAGUUGACGACUGCCAUAAGUUGAUGAUAGCUUGUAACACUAUGUGCUUCAAUUCCUCACUUCUGGAUUUCAUGUUACAGUUGUAGUUUACUAGUAAGAGUUGUAAUACCUUGUUACUACAAAAGAGGACGCCUGUAAUGUAGUAUUGUAUUGCUUUGGUUGACUACACUAGUAACUAAUGAUGAUAUUGAGUUCUAUUAA